UUGGACCGAUUUCCGAGGCUCUGCCACACAACAGAUGACUCAUCAAACCUUCGCGCUCUCAUUGGAUGCGGGCACCUCAUGUGUGGAUCCCGAGCAGCUCCUCCUUCGGGAACAGUGUGAGCCUGGUGGAGCCUGCCGAGAAAUACCUGGAAGUGGAGCAGAUUGGCCAAGGGUGGCCAUAAAGAAAAUGAGUCUCAGAGGGCAGAACAGGGAACGAGCUGUGAAUGAGCUCCUGCUCCUGAAGGACAAGAAGAACCCCAACAUUGUCAACUCUUUGGACAGCUUCCUUGUUGACAGAGAUCUCUGGCUGGUGACGGAAUACAUGAAUGGAGGAACUCUGCAGGACGUUGUCAGACAGACACGCAUGGCUGAAGGAGAGAUGGCAGCUGUCAGUCGGGAGUGUCUGCAGGGCCUGUAUUUCCUCCAUGGGAACCGGGUGAUCCACAGAGAUCUGAAGAGCUCCAACAUCCUUCUGGGAAUGGAUGGCUCUGUCAAGCUGGCUGAUUUUGGUCUCUGCGCUCAGCUCAGCCCUGAGCAGGACCAGCGCAUGUCCAUGGUGGGCACUGCUCACUGGAUGGCCCCAGAAGUUGUCAGCAGUUCUCCUUAUGGCCCCAAGGUGGACAUCUGGUCCUUUGGCAUUGUGACCAUCGAGAUGGUGGAAGGAGAACCUCCUUACUUCAAGGAAACGAGAGCCAUGGCCUGUGCUCUGAUCCAGCAGAACGGGACCCCGCAGCUGCAGGAGCCCAGGCGCCUGUCGGCUCUGCUGCGGGACUUCCUCGAGUGCAGUCUGGAGCCGGACGAGGAGCGGCGCUGGUCUGCCCAGGAGCUGCUGCAGCACCCAUUUUUAUCAUCAGCCAAGCCUCUCUCCACCCUGACCCCUCUGAUCACCGCAGCCAAGCAACUGAGGGAGCAGCGGAGGAGAUGAAGCACUGGAGGACAGCUCUUAGCUACAGUAGUUAGUUAGGACAACUAGUUAGUUAUGGUAGUUAGCAGUGCUAGUUGGUUAUGGUAGUUAGGACAGCCUGUUUGUUAUGGCUCUUAUGACAGCCUGUUUGGUAUGGCAGUUUUUUGAAUAAAAAUUCUCUUAAACCUCAA